UAUUUUCAUAUCCAUAAAAAACAAAGUAUACUUUUCCAUAAUGGGAAGGAAUAAUAAACAACCGAAGUAGGAAACAAAGUCUAUCAAAAUCCACAAGUUUCAUCGUAAUGAAAGUUCGAGUGGAGUUGAGUCAUCUGAGAAGUAUAGAGAGCUAGAAAGUGAGAAAUUGCGUGAUUUGAGUUUGAUAUAGUUUGGUUAUACUUGCGAGUAACACAUUUUGAAAUAAAAAAUAGUAAACUUUUCUGCUAUUUCUAAUGAUCGAAGAAUAACUUUUUCGAGCUGUCCUACGCGAAGAGUAAUAACAUUGCAUCACCACAAUUUUUCAAAGUUUUUUUUUUCAAUGUACUUACUGUACUUCUGUACAUUUCUCAACAGCAAACCCAACAUCUCGCAUUCCAAAAUAGCGCCGAAAAGUUUCAUAUUCUCGUUUUAUUUUUAUGAGUGGAAGCAGUUCAAGCAGUUUUUGACUGGAUAACAUGUGCCAGUUUAAGGAACUGUUUACCUGCCUUAUUGUUUGUAGUAGCAGUGUCGGCGGCAAAAGUGUUAUUUUUAUUGACAUUGCAAGUGAGUAAAACAGUCCUUUUGGUGGCGAAUUAGCAUAAACAUGAGAUUACUUUUAGAAAUCAAAUCAAACACCGCAUUCUUCGGAGACGUUUCCCAUGUCGAGAAGACACCCAAAAAAACAGCAGCAAUAAAAGCUAUUAAUCGAGACAUUUUCUAUGAUUUACUACCAUUUGAAGUUCAGGAAACUCGACAAUUCAAGGAUUGGACGUCAUGCUCUCGUUGCUUGAAGCAAGUUUGAGAUAAGCAAGUACUGCUAGGGGUCCGCCAACAUGGACCUCAACUCGAGUGCAUCAACAGCAACCUACCACACGACCACCCUGCUGGCAACCAACACAGCCGGCUUCACCCUCAGCGCGUCACCUUACAACAACUUUUCUAGCAUAACUUACUUCGACAUUACUGCGACACCUUAUCUUAACCAUACCGGAAGUGCAUAUCUUAGCGUAACAGCAACGCCUUUCCUUGUGGUAACAGGAGCGCCAAAUGUUAACCUGACGACUGCUUCUCAAAGCCUAGACUCCAUAGGAACGGUUAUUCCAACCUUCACAAGUGUCUUCGGCAAUCAUAGUGCUGGAAACAGCAGCAACGGCACAUUCAAACCGAUCCCGCCAUUCUUGCCCCCUCAAGAAGGAGUUACGACUGGAGACAUCGUCGCCGCCGUCUUCUACGCCAUCCUGAUCGCUUUAAUCGUCAUAGGAAACUCGCUUGUGAUUGGGUCAUUUAAAAUUAACCGUCGACUCAGGACAACGACUAAUUACUUCAUUAUGUCCUUAGCCAUUGCGGACAUGUCCAUUGGCACCAUCUCCAUCCCGCUAUGGGUCUACUUCUCAAUGCUUCCUUCCUUAAGGCUCACCAAGAUGAUUGAAUAUAAGUUCUGGUUGACUUUUGAUAUCAUUGUUGGUGUGUCGUCAAUCUUGAACUUGACCUUGAUCAGCAUGGAGAGGUGCUAUGCUCUGUUACGGCCCAUUCAGCAUAGGAAUAUCCGUAAACGUGUUGUGGUAGCACUGAUUCUGUUGGCAUGGUGUCUCGCCAUACUAGCGGGCUGCCUGCAAUUUAUUAUGAAAGGAAGAGUUAUGCAGAAGAGAUAUCCAGUCAUUCUCGCCACCGCUUUCUUCCUGGUUCCUGUUAUUAUUAUUUUUGGAACUUAUGCUGUCAUCUUUAGAAUCGCUACCAAGCAUGCGCGCGGACGAGGCGUAAGAUCCUUUCGUAAGGAUUUGCGCAUUGCUACAACAGUUGCUGUGGUCAUUGGUCUGUUUACGUUCGCCUGGGCCCCGUUCUUCGCACUCAACUUUUUUUAUUCGAUUUGUGGUGAUCUCGACCCGACCUUCAAACUAUGCGGAUCCGUACCUGACGUCUUCCGCGCAAUAAUCAAAUGGAUGCAGUACGGCAACUCGGCAUGUAAUCCCAUAGUCUACGGUUUUCGGAAUCGGGAUUUUAGACUAGCAUUUAAAAGGAUCAUUUAUAGCAUCUGUGGGAAGGACAUACCGUUAAAUCAACAGUAUCUUCAUUCACAAUCAACUUAUGCUAACACAGCGCGCAAGAGAUUUGUACGUACUCAAUCCAGCUUUGAUGAAUCCCAGUCAGUACUCUAUCCUGAUCAGAUCGUGCCUCCUGGUAUGUACGACAUGAGGGAUAGUUAUAAGAAAGCCAUAACCAAGGGUAGCAAGGCUGCCGACCCUAAAGCACCCGCCAAAGGCAUAGCGCACGGCUUGUUGUCAAUAAACAUGGACGCGCUAAGUAUGAAUGGAUCUGCUCCUAGUGCUGCUGCCAGCACAGAGAGAACACGGGGGUUGACUAAUGGAGCCCUAGAUGUGAGCAAAGCGGAUGAUAACGAGAUCGAUAUAUAUCCUCUUGAUGACAGAAAUAACGGAGUAGUGAAUGAAUCAUUUGACAUCGGAAAUGGGAACGAAAACGAUUCACAGUUCCACGAAAUUGAGAUAUAUCCACUGGGUAGUGCUGACACGUCGGAAACUGGGAACGAGUCGUUUGAAUGUGAUGUCCGGCGUAGCAGUCGUGUACGGUUUGGCGAAGACGAUGAUGGUGAUGGAAACACUAACGAUGAUAAAGGCACAACUCCAAAUUCAAAAGAACUGGCAACUCGCCAAGACGAGAGAGAGCGGUCACACUCUGACGUCACACAUUCUAGCAAAUCAUCACCAAAAGAUGGAGUUAAAGAACGAGGCUCCUCUUUUAUAUAAUGUCAUAGUAGAAAGAAAAAAAUAGAUGAUUGAGUUUUAUCAAUCGAAUUUUCCUUUUGUAACCCAUAUUUUUCUAUCAUAUCUAAAGGUUUAUUUGAUAGUAGAGGAUGCCUUUUCACUCAAAAGAAAUCAAAGGAAAUCGAGAUUCACAUCAAUGUUACAAGGUAAUGAAUGAUGUCGAGAUGAUAUUUUCAUGACUGAACCCUCACUGUAUUACUGCAAUGUAUACUGUUACAAACUUCGUGAAAACAGCCCCAAAAUCGCCCGGCGAGAUGUAGCUAUUUCACAGCGAGCACCCCGCAUAGGUUAUUGAUACAAGGCCAGUAUAGCUGGAGCUAUCAAUGCUGGUGCUAUUUUGAUAAAAUAGGUGUUUCUAUGUUUAACAGUUUUUUUUUUCUCAAAUUCAUUUUUUGGACAUUUUACUGACGUCAAUCCUAUUGAGAUUUUCUUCUAAGCCGUCUGACAGACAUGCUCAUUGAGUAUACCCACCCUUGUCGAGUCAUUUGGUUGGCCCCUGGACAGAGAAAAAAGCAACAACUUCACCACCGACAAUCAAUUACAUUAAACUAUAGUACCCCAACAAUUUUAAAACUGUAAAAUAAAAUAUAUUCAAAGUUUUAUAUUCCUAAUAAAUAUGUAUUUUUGACACGAGA